CGGCAGUCUGCGCCUGCGCGGCAGGUGGGGCAAGAUGGCUGGCGAGCAAGGCAUCCCGGUUGUUCCGACCCCACCCGGACGGUGGCUGGGUAGAGGGAUGCGGGCGCUCCUGCUGGUGCUGUGGUUUGCAGCUCGUGGGAGCGCGCUGUAUUUUCACAUUGGGGAGACAGAGAAGAAGUGCUUUAUUGAAGAGAUUCCGGAUGAGACCAUGGUUAUCGGAAAUUACAGGACACAGCUGUUUGACAAGCAGCGCGAGGAGUACCAGCCGGCCACCCCAGGGCUUGGCAUGUUCGUGGAGGUGAAGGACCCCGACGACAAGGUCAUCCUGGCCCGGCAGUAUGGCUCUGAGGGCAGGUUCACAUUCACCUCCCAUACUCCGGGUGAGCACCAGAUCUGUCUUCACUCCAAUUCCACUAAGUUCUCCCUCUUUGCUGGAGGUAUGCUGAGAGUUCACCUUGACAUCCAAGUGGGUGAACAUGCAAAUGACUAUGCAGAAAUUGCUGCCAAAGACAAGCUGAGCGAGUUGCAGCUACGAGUGCGACAGCUAGUGGAACAAGUGGAACAGAUCCAAAAGGAGCAGAACUACCAGCGGUGGCGAGAGGAACGCUUCCGGCAGACCAGUGAGAGCACCAACCAGCGAGUGUUAUGGUGGUCUAUUCUGCAAACCCUCAUCCUUGUGGCCAUUGGCGUCUGGCAGAUGCGGCACCUCAAGAGUUUUUUUGAAGCCAAGAAGUUGGUGUAGCUGUCUCACAGGCUAUCUUCCUUCUAGGCUCUAGGAGAAAGGCCCUCCUGGGACUGAUACCUCUCUGGCAGGAGGACUGGUUCUCAGCCAUAGAUGUUCUAGAGGGGAGAGGGACUACAAGCACGUGCACAUACACACACCCAAGACUCAAGCUGAGGGCAGCAACUUGUCUGGCUAAUACUGAGUAGGUAGUGGGGCAAGUCCUCCACCUCUGGACCUUUUACAGUCAUCACUCAGGGGCUGGUGAUGCCCUUGGUGUCUUAGAAUCUCAAUGUUACUGAUCAGGGAUGUGAGGCUGUUGUCUGGGUAGGUUGAGGGAGGGAUGUGGAUGGGUGGGUGGGUAAGCCAGUUUUCCUUCUGUCUUUGUUAACAUGGGAUUUUCAGCAGGUUAGGUGUGUUUGUGACCUGUUCCUUCUCUAGGAACCUUGCUUUUCUUGCCUUUGGCCUAGUCUCAGCUUGCUGAUCCAGGGUGUAUGUAUGUCAAUUAAAGGUGGGGUAGAGGGAGUCACAGUGCGGCAAAGUGGCCCAGAGGUUGAUCUUGGUUUCUUAUGGUUGUCCUUUCUGGGGCUUGAGAAACUGGUGUCCGGUCAAGCAGAGACUUUGGUGCUGGUUGGGGACAGAGCCUGCAGUGUCUUAGUUACUGAUUGUCAAUGAGUUUAGGUUUGUUACAUUGGUUUCCCAAUUAAAAAAAACAAAACAACACAAAAAA